CGACAGCUCCGCCCGGGCACAGUCGGGCCCAGCCCAGCCGAGCCGCGCAGCCGGACCGGGAGCGGCGCGGGCGGGCCGGUCAUGGCCGACGACUUCGGCUUCUUUUCCUCAUCUGAGGGCGCUGGCGCCGAGGAGGACCCGGCCGCCGCCUUUCUGGCCCAGCAGGAGAGCGAGAUCGCGGGCAUCGAGAACGAUGAGGGCUUCGGGCCGACCGACGGCGAGGCGGCCGCCGCCCCGGGCGGGCAGGCGGCCCCGCCGGAACAGGCAGGUUUCCAGAAUGGAGGAGCCACUGUCAAUGGAGAUGUCUUUCAGGAGUCCAACGGCCCCACGGAUGCCUACGCAGCCAUAGCCAAGGCCGACCGGCUGACCCAGGAACCCGAGAGCAUCCGCAAGUGGAGGGAGGAGCAGAAGAAGCGCCUGGAGGAGCUGGAUGCGGCAUCGAAGGUAACUGAGCAGGAAUGGCGUGAGAAGGCCAAGAAGGACCUGGAGGAGUGGAACCUGCGUCAGAAUGAGCAGAUGGAGAAGAACCGAGCAAACAACAGGGCCUCGGAGGAAGCAUUCCUGAAGGAGUCCAAGGAGGAGACCCCAGGCUCUGAGUGGGAGAAGGUGGCCCAGCUGUGUGAUUUCAACCCCAAGAGCAGCAAGCAGAGCAAGGAUGUCUCGCGGAUGCGCUCGGUGCUCAUCUCCCUCAAACAGACACCCCUGUCCCGUUAGCUGUGCCUGGCACAGCUGGGAGCACAGCGGGCAUGGCUGGGCUCACUGAGCCAGGAAGGGCCUCCCACUGCCUGCUCCGUGAUCUGCGCCUCGGCUGUGCUCGAGUCACUGGUUGUAUAACUCUCCCCAUGGUUUUCCUUUGCUUAAAAGGUGCAUUGGUCUCUUUUUACACUUAUUUAUAAAUCACUGUGGCAUUUCCCCGGGAAGCGGCACUGGAUGGCAGAGCUGAGUUAGUGGGGAAGCCCCAGCCCAGGCUCUUCAGGAUAUUAUGUCUGAGGGCCUGGCUAAAUGACCAGGGAAUAUCCCAUCCUGUGUUCCCCACUUCAGCCCUGUGCUGGGAAUAAACCUGCCUGCAGCUGUCCUGGCAGCCCCAUGUCCAGGCUUCAGUCCUAGCCCUGAGGCAGGUAUCCCAAUGGGAUCCUGGGCUGCUGUCUUCCUUUCCCAUGGGAUUUAGAUCAGAUCUGGAGCAGGGUUGGGAGGGUGGAGAAACAGCCCUGGCUUGUCUCCACACUGCUGGGUCCUGCAGGGAGUGUGGCUGCAGCAUGGCAUUGCCAGACUGGCAGGGACUGAGGAAUGUGAGUACAGGUGCCCAGUUUGGGCCUGGACUGCCAGCGGCUGCCCUAAGCCCAUCAGAACUCUGCCCAGCCUGGCCAUGCCCCGAAAAGUUGGUGCAGCUCCAGUGUUCAUGUCCCAUCCAUCCUGCAGUGCUGGCAGCACAGUGGUGUGGGCCACUGGGAGGGACUGUAGGGGAAGCAUGCAGGAUGUUUCCUGUCCUUCCCCCAUGAACACCAGCAGUUGGGAAUGUGGGAUUACAAGCUUUGGGGGACCCUUGGCUUUGCUCUGCUCCUUCCCUUGCUACCAGAAUGGGAGAUGGAGGCUGUGUAGUUGCAGUGACGUAGAAAGGUCCAGCUGCCGUGGGGCAGGUCCAACCCCCAUCUUCCGUUAUAAUCCCAGGGCCCAGAGCAGGGUUGGGCAGAGUUCUGGUGCUGGGGCUUGUACUGGCCCUGAGAACAACCUGCACAUCUGUCUGAAGUUGCUCUGCCCCCUGGAUUUGCCCACCUAAGGCAGUGUGGGGAGAUGCCUCAGUCCUGCUCCCUGCUCAAACUUUUUCUCCUCUGCUUGGCAGGGAUGGCACCAGUCCUGGGAACCUGCACAACUCCUGGGUAGCAGGAGAGGGACAGCCUUGAGCUGGUGCUCUGGGUCUGGUCUGAAGGGCUUGGGAAGGGCUUGCAGCAGCUUGGGGGCACAUAGAGCAGAGCCCAAAAAAACAUUCACUUGAGCCCCUCUGCAGAGCCCUGCUCAGCUGGAAAUCCAGUGUGCAGAGCUCUCCUGCCCUGCAGCUGUCGCUCCAGGGCCAGAAUGUCACCGGUCCUGCUGCUGCAGCUGUGGGGGGUGCCUGGGCACCCAUGGCUUUGGGGCAUGAUCUCACCAGUGGGCUGGAAGAUAAAUGGGUGUGUAGGGAAUCACUUGCUGUUGUGUGUUGGGACUGUGCCCCCUGACCAUAGGCCUGAUCAUUCCUGCCUGGCCCCCUGAGCUUCAGCAUGCGUAGGCAGCUCUGCUGUGCUGCAGGACACCUGGGGACUUGGCUGCCUGCCUCAGCCUUGCGUUGCAGAGCAGCGGGAAGCACCCCUGGCUACUUGUGGGGGAACAAUGUGCCCCCCUGUGCUCUGUCCCUCCAGGCCAUGCAGGCAGCCGGGCCCCUGGGUGCUCCAACUGCCAUGUGCUCCAUGUCAGGCUGGGGCAGCUCUCGGGGAGCCAUGCCCACAGCUGUUCUACAUCCCCUCGGCUUUGGUAUCUGUGACUGUCCAAAUUACCUGUUACAAUAAACCAACAUCUCCAAUCCUA